CAUAUUCAUAUCCCUUAUCUCAAUAUUUUAAUUUCUUCAAAAACACACACACAAUGGCAGCUGAAAUCACAAAGCCAUCACUACACCUAACAAAAGCAAACGAAAUAAAACACGUAUUCAGCCGUUUUGACAUGAACAAAGAUGGCAAGAUCUCAGCAGUUGAGCUGGUUGACAUAAUGAAAGCCUUGGGAUCAGAUACUUCAGUUGAAGAAGUAAAUGUAAUUAUGACCCAUAUUGAUACCGACCAAGAUGGGUUCAUAAAUCUUGAAGAAUUCACAAGAUUUUGUAAGGCAACAGCUGAUGUGGAUGAUGAAAAUGAUGGUGAGGGAGUCAAUAAGGAGUUGAAAAAUGCAUUUGAGAUGUAUGAUUUGAAUAAAAAUGGAUUGAUUUCUGCUACUGAGUUGCAUCAUAUUUUGGGUCAGUUGGGUGAAGGAUGCAGUGUUGAUGAUUGUGUUAAAAUGAUCGAGCCUGUUGAUUCUGAUGGUGAUGGUUUUGUUAAUUUUGAAGAGUUUAAGAAAAUGAUGUCUAAUACUCCUCCUUCUAAGUGAAGCAAGUUUGAUGAUGGGUUUUUAGAUUUGAGUUGAUCGAUUUACAUGAACUCUUGUAAUUUUUAAUGUAACGUAAUGUGUGAUUUGAAUAAGUUUUGAGAUCUUAAUCCAUGUUGGAUUAGUUCUUUGUUGUAACGUGUUUGUUUAUAAGUGGUGGUAGAUUGGGUGUUGACCUUAUGAAAUUAGAAAGAAAUGCUACUACUAUAAUUUGCAA